GAAAAACAUGAAAUGGCCAAUGAAUCUACUCUGAUAGAAUUCCUUCUGAUGGGAUUUUCUGAUAACUAUGAUGUACAAAUUAUGUAUUUUGUGAUGUUUCUCUUCAUGUACUUAAUAGCCAUAAUGGGGAAUGUCCUCCUAGUUAUUACUGUGGCCCUGAACUGCUCCCUUCAUACUCCAAUGUACUUCUUUCUAGUUAACCUGUCAUUUUCAGACAUUUGCUUCAUCUCAACCACCAUUCCGAAAUCCAUGCUCACUUUCUUGACAGAUAACAGAGUGAUCACCUUUACUGGAUGUGCCACCCAAGUCUUCUCGAUUUUCACCUUUGCAGGUUCUGAAAUUGCUUUGCUUACUAUCAUGGCUUAUGAUCGUUAUGUGGCCAUUUGCCAUCCUCUGCAAUAUAACCUUAUCCUGAACUGGGAUGCUUGUAUGCAAAUAGCAGCUUCAUCCUGGAUCACCUGUAUGAUUCAUGCUUUGCUAGAAACUGCAAUUGUAUUUCAGUGGGAAUACUGCAGGUCACGUAGGAUUGAACAAUUGUUCUGUGAUAUCCCUCAGUUACAGAAGAUUUCUUGCUCUGAUACAAGACCUAGUCAAACGCUGAUUUUUGUGACAGCAAUCAUUGUUAGUUUAGUGUGUUGUGGUAUUAUUUUUGUUUCUUAUGGUUACAUCUUCUCAGCUGUGCUAAAGAUUCAGUCAAUACAAGGCAGACACAAAGCCUUUUCUACCUGCACUCCCCAUCUGAUUGUCUUCUUUUUGUUUCUCAGCACUGCUUUAUUUUCUUACAUGACACCAAAAAACCAUUCAUCUCAUAGUGUAGAAUUGCUUUCUGCUGUUUUUUACACAGUUUUGCCACCAUUACUUAAUCCUAUCAUUUAUAGCUUCAGGAAUAAGAACAUGAAAAAAGCCAUGUUAAAAACAGCAAUGAAAUUAUUUUCACUUUUAAAAAAAUAG